AUGGGCUCCAACGCGCGCGCCCACGCGGUGCUCAUCCCGUACCCGGCGCAGGGCCACGUCAGGCCGCUGCUGCAGCUCGCCAAGGUGCUGCACUCAAGGGGCUUCUUCGUCACCUACGUCAACACCGAGUACAGCCACCGCCGCCUGCUCCGGUCCCGCGGCGCGGGCUCGCUGGAUGGCCUCGACGACUUCCGGUUCGAGACCAUCCCCGACGGCCUGCCUCCAUCCGGCAACGACGACGACAGGGUGGCCAACGAGAUGGGCAUCCUGGCGGUCGUGUUCUGCACCAUGAGCGCGUGUGGCUUCAUGGGGUACCUCCACUACAAGGAGCUCAUGGACAGAGGCUACGUGCCACUCAAAGGUACGAGCUACCUGACCAACGGGUACCUGGACACGGUGCUCGACUGGGUGCCCGGGAUGCCGGGCAUCCGUCUGCGAGACAUGCCCAGCUUCAUCCGCACGACGGACCCGGACGACUUCAUGGUGCACUCCGACAGCAACGAGGCCCAGAACGCGCACCGCGCGCAGGGGAUGAUCCUCAACACGUUCGACGCGCUGCGCCGCAUCUUCCCUCGCGUGUACACCAUCGGCCCGCUCCUCACGUUCGCCGGCACCAUGGAACAGGUCCUGUCGCAUCCGUCCACCGGGCUGUUCCUGACGCACUCUGGGUGGAACUCAACGCUGGAGACCAUACGCGCCGGCGUGCCGAUGAUCUGCUGGCCGUUCUUCGCCGAGCAGAUGACCAACUGCCGAUAUGCCUGCACCAACUGGGAAAUUGGACUGGAGAUUGACAACAAUGUCACGAGGGAGGAGGUGGCACGGCUCAUAAAAGAAGCCAUGGACGGUGACAAAGGCAAAGACAUGAAGGCGAAAGCAACAAUGUGGAAGGAGAAGGCCGUGGCGGCGGGACCUCGAGCGUCAACAUUGAUCGUUUGGUCGAAGGAAAUGUUCCUGCAGCUGCAAGCUAAUAAUAUGAACAGUACAUGCAUAAUUCAGAGUGAAGAUGCAAGCUUGCUUGUCAGUAUUCUCAGUCAAGAUGUGAGAGUAUCAUGGACUCUGUUACAGACCACCAAUAGUCUGUAUCAGAUUGACAUCAGAUCAUGUUGCCAGGAUUCUCAGAAAGUCAAUUUGCUGGAGUUGAAGAAGUUGGCUGAGCUGACUGAGAGCCUGCUAAGAAUGCCAGCGGUUUCAGCAAGAAACACCACGCUAACUGACUAA